UGGCCGGCCGGAUCACUAGCACUGAUCUCUAUAGUCAGCGUGGGCCGGAUAUGCGCUGCUUGAUCGACCGUCGAUGAUAGCGUGCGAUGUAGGCCUACAUGUACUUGUGACUUGCCUGCGUUUAGUCUUUCACAAUGAAGAGACAUCAGAUUCCUGUUGAGCUUCCAGCAUAUGACUAUCCACCGCAGUGGGUUCCGCCUGAAGAGAGGAUUGGGCACGCUGACUACGACAACAACCUGACACAGUUUCUCCUGCGAUCUGUGCGCUUCACAAGAAACAGACACACAGGACAGCUUGGUUUCAACAUUCGCGGAGGUAAGGAACAUCGAUGUGGAAUCUAUGUUUCCAGGGUCAUUCCUGAAUCCAGUGCUUUCAGAGUAGGCAUGAAGCGAGGAGAUUUAGUCCUGAGUGUCAACGGCACCGACUUCACAAACAUUACCCAUGAUGAGGCUGUCAAGAUACUGAAAUCUGUCAAAGAGAUUGAGAUUAAGCUGAAAUACAGCCCUUUUGGCUACAAUAAAACAUAUGAGAGAGUGGAGAGCCCUCAGCAUCAUCCUUACAAUGAAAGGUGAUUCCAAUGCCUGCCAGAUGGUGAAAUACUCCUUGAACGCAAACUUGAAAUACAUAAGGGGUUACUCAACGCUUUUCUUCAACGCUCAUUGUUCUUUAUUGAUGAAUUUUUAACUUAACAGGCAAAUAUUGCUCAUUUCCUAGCAUUUCCUAGUGUUUGAAUUUUGUAGUAAGCCGGUGUCUACUAAUGUGGUGUUUGGUAUGGUAGUAGGUUUAUCACUGGAACAUCUGAAUAAGGUGUACAGAUCCAGAGAAAUGAUACACAUAUAACAUAUUUGUAUGAAUUGUUUCAUACCCUGCAUGACCUUGUACUGUCUGACACUACAUUAGAAGUUUUGUACCCUGUAGUGAUUCGUGACUUUGUGUAAGUACAACUUUCUUAACCACUUGUUGAUGGUUUUUUCCAUGACGAACUUGUCCCAUGCACACUCUUAUUUGUGGUCUCAAAUGCCACAACCAGAGUCCUUUAUGAUGUUGAAUUUUACAGAUGCUGAUCUGUGGUGGUCAUUUGUUCAAUAUGUUUGCGACAUUUCUAACUGCAUCAUAAGAAACCUUAAGACAAAAGCGAUAUUUUACACAGUGACCCUCAAUGGCCCACAGCAGUUUGAGGGCUCCUCACAUGUUAAACCUUCAUGGACUCGUUUGAGUCCGUAUGUGUGUGUGCACACUCAAUGAGGAUCACUCCAGUGUGGGAACGAGUGUAGAUGUCACGACACUACAUACAGAAUUCCACAGAAUGCACUUGUAAAAUAUCCUCCAUGUUACAACUUGGGAAAUCCCUGCGUGUUUAUCAUCUCCAGAUCACUGAACAGAUCUAGACUCUUUAUUACAAACUUCUCACCCAGACAAGCUGUCGUGAGUGAAUCAAGGGCAUUAUAUAACAACACUAUGAAAUUGUUUGCCAAGAAAUGUCCAUUUUUGCUCACAGUUUGUCCCACAAACUAAAAAAAGUGAAGGAUGUUUAGUCUGCCAUUUUGAAUGUCCAUUUAAGUUGAUAAAAGCUGUAUAUUCAGGAAAAUAUUGCCACCAACUUCAUGCACUUAUGUGUGCAUGGACAAUUCACAGUUUCUGGCAUAAUUUUCACUCUCAAAAAGUGACAUAGACUCGACAGUUUCUCAAUUCCCAAGGCUUUUUUUCACUUCAACACUAGGUUUACUUCAAUACAGUGGUCUUCAAAUUGCAUGCCGGCAGAAUACUGGUGUGCUAAUUGGUAAAAACUCAACUCUUAACAUUAUGUUUCAGUGUGCGAUGUGCAUACCUUCAUGUCAGUUUGUGAAGCCAUUGCAUGGUUUGCACAAAUUGUACCCAAACAGCACCUGCACGAUUGUUUAUGUAAAUGGUGACAAUACCACUGCAGAGUAAUUUUAUGAUUAUGAAUAACUGAAAUUGGUAAAGAACUGUCAGUUCAAUGCAGGCAUGGGUGGCUUGUUUUUAUGCAACAUGAAAGUAGUUUUGUUCUAAAAUCUGCUUAGAAAGGCAAGCGUAAUUAAUGUGUGGAAGCAAUUUGAAUUUAGAAGUACACUUGUUUUAUGCAAUGUACAAGCAGUUCUGUUCUAAAAUCCACUUAACAGAGAAGCAAGUGUGAUGUUUGGUGGCAAUUUGAGUUUAGUUUCUAUGAGUCUGUUUCAUUUCUGUCUUGUGUCAGUUCUGUAGCUUGGCCCUUAUCUGAACUAUAGGCCUACCUACAUUACAGGUGCAAGCCAGGCUGAAAGUGAACAGGUGUUUUUCUCCGUACAGUACUUAGUGCAUUACUUGUUUUUACCUUGACCUUAGCCUUUAUGCUGUGUAUUCGUAUCUAAAAGUUUGUCAGUAAGUGCUGAAAAGUUUCUACUUAGCAAUGUAUUCAGUCUUUCACCAUUUAUAAUGGCCCUUUUGAUUGUGUGUGUUUAUUAAAUUAAUGGAACAGUAGGGAUGUUUUGGGAGAAUACUAAUUUUAAUAUUCCUCUCUCCAAUAUUCUAUAAUUGUUUUGUACUCAAAGUAAAGUCUUUCUGCCAACGAGAAAAAAGUUGUAUUCUUUUGUUACUAUUGACAAGCUGCCAAAAAUUUUAAGAAUUUUUUUUACGAGGGAAAAUGUACUUUAAUUUCACUUCAAAAAUGCAAAGCAUAUGCAGUGAAUACAGACAUGUUACUUUAAGCCUGCUUUUUUUUCCUUAUAGUUUUAGUUUGGUUUUCUCAACUGAGCACUGUAAUUUAAAUUGUACACCCUAAAAGUUUAUCAUCAUUGGUUUGAAUAAUUUUGAAGUCCAUCUUUGGUACAACUCUCAUGGUUUGUGUACUUAGAUCUAUAGACUAAUGCGAAGAGAUGCCCAAACUAAAGUGGCACAGCUGUCACUCACAAAUUCUUAAGCUUUACACGGGUGGGUACUUGUGGCAAUGAGCCCAUGAGCGUAACACCACCACAGUAAUUCUGGUUGUCAACUUACACUACAGCAACUGGGCAAAAGCCACUGAAAAAGUAAAUUCACAGCAAAAUCCCAGUAUUACAAUAGGGCAGUAAUUCCAAGAGUGGUGAGGAUACUGGAAAUGUCAAUAUGAAACGCUAAUCCAAAUGGUAAACCAUAGUAGCUCUAUGGGUAAACCAAGUGCAAUUGGAACCAGGGUUUCUAUAGAUGACAGGCAAAGAAAGUUCCGCUCCCACAAAUUGAACUCUCUAAAACUUAACAUAAGAACAUGAGAACCCUUUGGUAUGACAGCUUCCGCUUGGGAUGUACUUAGUUGGCGGUGUAGUGUCACUUGUAAAUACUGGAAAACUCUGAAAGCUCAAUGCAUAUGUUUCAGUGCGAGUCAC